GCGAAAGAGGGGAGGAAAGUGGAGAUAAGUCGUCAUCGUCACUACACGUGACUACAGCCUUCAGAUGCCCUUCACGACACACACACAUUCACACACACACAGACGCACUGCAGGCCACGUCGACUGCCGGAGGCAAGAUGGCGGACAUCAAGCUCGUGUACUUCAACCUGCAGGCACGAGGAGAGCCCGUGAGGCUCAUUCUGGCAGCUGCCGGACAGAAAUACGAGGACGUUCGCAUCUCCUUCGAGGACUGGCCCAAGAGAAAACCCAAUUCACCAUACGGACAGCUUCCCUAUGUAGUGUACAAGGGGAAAAUUUACGGCCAGAGUGUGGCUUUGGCCAACUUUUUUGCCAGGGAGUUCGGCUUGGCAGGGAAGACGGACCUGGAAGCCCUCCGUGUUGACGAGGCUGUGGGCCUGACAGUGGACUUCAUCAACACCAUAUACAAGGCCAAGUUUGAGUCAGACAAGGCCAAGAAGGAAGAGCUGUACAAGAAUCUAUUCGAUUCAGACGCACCGAGGUUUCUGGGAUUCUUUCAGCGAUUGUUGAAGGACAACGGAAAUACAGGCUACCUCGUAGGCAGUUCGCUGACACAGGCCGAUCUUUUCCUCUACAAUGUCCUCGACUCUCUCGUCUUUGAGAAGUCUGACGCGGCCUCCACCUUUCCACCGGAAAUUGUGAAACUGCGCAAACAGGUGGAAUCGAACCCUGGACUGAAGGAGUAUCUAGCUUCUCGACCAGAAGUGAGCUUCUAGCUGUCAGAUACCCGAGGUUGACAUGGCUUUCACACGUGAAAGUAAAUUCCGGGUGAGGUCCUCGGAAGUCGUCUGACCAGUGCUAGUAUGAUCUCUUAUCUGCAAAGUUACUUUUCCCUUCAGUGACAAUGCCCAGAAGGAAAAAAAGUUUUGUCCAGAUGUACAAAUAGUUUGUUUGUUUGAGAAAGAACAGAACAAAGUGUACAGCCUUUUAUUUACAUAACAAAAUUUCAAGGGACUUGUACAUGUGGAUGUUUGCAAGUGAAAAGAGCAAAUAAAGAAUAUUGUUUCUCUUGCUUCACAAAGGAGCAGUUUAUAGUUAGCAAAGGAUAUCAACAAUAAAGGUGAAAGAAAAACAA